GGCUUCAGCGUGCCUACAGGUGUGCAGUAAUGACACAUUUAUUUGGAGAUUCCUUGAAGCGCUACCCUUCUUGACGCACGAGCUUUACGCACAGAAAUCUCCUGCGUUUUCUGGACUGCUGAUUUCAGGAAGGAUGAAGUUAGAAGUGCUGUGUGGAAGCCAUGACAUGAAACAUUUUGAGGUGACCCGUGAUGCACAAGGGACGACGCGAUCUCCUUCCUCUGGAGAGGAGGAGCUCGGGUCGGAUGGAGACUGCGUGGCUCACAGCCCCCCACCCUCUGCCACACCGUGUGGGAACAGCAAGUCCAAACCGUACACACGGAGACCCAAGCCCCCGCUUUCAUACAUCGCGCUCAUCGCCAUGGCCAUCCGGGAUUCCCCCUCUGGUCGCUUGACUUUGGCGGAGAUCAACGACUACCUGAUGAAGAAGUUCCCCUUCUUCAGGGGCAGCUACACCGGCUGGAGGAACUCAGUGCGACACAACCUGUCCCUGAAUGACUGUUUUCUUAAAGUGCUCCGGGACCCGUCCAGACCCUGGGGGAAAGACAAUUACUGGAUACUCAACCCCCAGAGCGAGUACACGUUCGCGGAUGGAGUGUUCAGGCGCAGAAGAAAGCGCAUCAACAAGAGGUUCACCCUGGAGUCAACCGUGUCGGAGAGCGCGGAGGAGACGCAGAUUACGCAUAAAGCUGCCCCCAGCGCCGGGACUGACCCAUGCCCCAGAUUUACCAGCUCGUUUGCUAUUGACAGCAUCCUCAGUAAGCCGUUCAGAAGAGACUUAAACGAGCGUCAUGUGCCGCUUUUCCCUGCGUUCAUCUGGCCAUUCUACACCGAACCUGUGCGUCAUAACGCACCUGUUGUGUUUCCAUAUUAAACGUCCCGCCUGCGCGUCAAACGCUGCUUUCACGAACAGAGUAGAUGCAACACAAUCUCAGAGAGAUCAAGUGUGGAAGGCUGGCCACUCUUUUGA